CGGCAACACUCACAACAUUUACUCAAGGCAACGCAAUGUCGAAGAUGUCAGCUACAAAUAAACAACAACUCAACUUCAGCAACAAUAAGAAAAAGAUUAUGGUUUAUUCGCACAAAUCGAAAGUCUCUCCUACACGCCGACUCACAAAUAUAGUGAAGCCCUUGAUCAGACAUCUCUUCAAGGUAAAGGCAAAGCAGCCAAAGCGAAGCUCCUACAUCGCAUCAGAGGAAAAGGAGAUAGAGUUCGACUGGCUAAACAAUGACAUGGAUAAUAUGUCAAACGAGCAUCUAGAGAGGCGACUUAUUGAUGAGAUCAGGCAGUGUGCCAAGGAGGACGCCAUAAUCGUUUACGACAAAAACGGAUCCGGCGAGCUUCACACGUUCGAUCAAGAGGACUACUAUGUGCCCGUGCACUUUGCACGAACCCAUGGCGAUACAUUCUUCUGGACUUCAUUUCAACCCAGCCACCAGGUGAAGCCCUAUGACAUUGAGUGGCACUUUCACGAUCGUUGGGCACAGGCGUGAAGGACACAUUUCUGAAACAUCUGGGUUCUAGCUUUUUCAAGUCUGGGUACGACUUUAGCAGGUUUCGAAAUCAAGACUUUGCCUGUCUUCG